AGCGCGUUUGUAUUACUGGUUAAGCGCAUUCCAUUGUAAGUUUCCUAGAAAAAAAAUAAAAUUCUGAAAAUUUCCAUUCAGCCAAAAUCGUUUUUUUGCAUAGUGCUAACACGGAUCUGUAGAGUUCAAAGAUACCGGGAUGGCUGCGGCGUCCAUUCGUUAUGAAAUUAUUACCGUGAUUUGUGCAUUCCUCGCUUCACAAGUCAUUUCACAUCCGGUAGCAGGACAGCCUGUUUCUGACUCAGCAACAUUAGAGAGUGGCCCAGCUCCCAAAAUCAUUCCUUCUUCUCCUCAACUGCAACAAGAACCUUUUCUAAAACCCAGCCAUUCAUCACCAAAACAAGGAUCAAGAAGCAGUUUCUCGACGAGUGAGGCAACACCUUCAAUUUCAAUUUGGGCGCGGACAUUCAAAAGAGCCCCAUUCCCGGCCAAAUUCUUCCAUCGGUGGGGUCAAAGCUGAAAGUAAAAAUGAUCUCGCUGGAAGAUAUUUUUAGACUGAUGGUGAUUUUUAUUAAACAACUUGGUUUUAAGGUUUUGACAGUACA